ACAUCACCACACACUGACGAUGGAGUGGAUCGCAUGCCAAAAGUAAGACUUCAGGCAGCAAUCUAAUGUGUACGACUUUCGAGCACUAUCACAAUCACUCAAGCUUUGCCGUGAACGCAGAAUCAUCAUUGGUGCACUUUGCGAGAAAGUACGAGCGUCAAUAAGUCGCCAACAUACAGCAUCCUCAUGUCUCGCCAAACAUCCUCGGGCAGCGCCGCCCAGAAUACCGCAACACUGAAACAAUUGGUCAAACUUGAGUCGAACAAGAGCUGCGCCGACUGUAAACGCAACAAACAUCCACGAUGGGCAAGCUGGAACCUCGGAAUAUUCAUCUGCAUUCGGUGCUCCGGCAUCCACCGAGGCAUGGGCACACACAUAUCCCGUGUCAAGUCUGUAGACCUCGACACAUGGACCGAUGAACAAAUGCAGAGCAUGGUUAAGUGGGGCAAUGCGCGCGCAAAUCGCUACUGGGAAUCGAAGCUCGCUGAAGGACAUGUUCCCAACGAGGCCAAGAUUGAGAACUUCAUCCGCACAAAAUAUGACAGUCGGAGAUGGGCCAUGGAUGGCCCAAUUCCGGAUCCAAGCACACUUGGUGGAGAAGACGACGAUGUCCCAUUGAACGUCGUCCAGGAGAAUUUGAAGGCGCAAAUAGCCAGUGGCUCAAGAGGAGCAGGACAUGCCCGGAAUGGAAGCUCAACGAUGGUCGGCGGAGGAGUUGCUCCUCCGCCGCGAGCAGCCAGGCAGCAACCACAGAUCGACCUGUUCGGAGAUGAGCAGCCGGCUCGCGCAAGCAGUGCCAACCCAGUUUCCGCAAGACCGCAGCCAGUCGCUGCACCUGCCCUUGCCCCUGCGCCGUCCAGACAGACUCGUCCUCAGGAAAGCUUACUCGGAUUGGACUUUUUUGGCGGUGCCCAAGCUGCUCCUCCCGCACGCGCCGCUACCGCAAGCCCCAGCGCGCAAGGUGCUUCUGGUAGAUCUGAUCUCAAGCAGUCUAUUCUCUCGCUCUAUGCAUCUAAGCCUGCAGCACCGCCUGCUUCGGCCAACGGGGGUGCCUUCGGGGGCAUGCAGUCACCACCACUAGUUUCGCCUUCAGCACAAUCAGCGAGUUCUGCCCUUGGAGGUUUGGGCGAUGCUUUCGGAUCGCUUUCAUUUUCUUCUCCUGCCCCUCAGCAGCAGGCUGCCCGACCAGCUGCUUUUUCGAACUUUUUGCCACCGGCUGGGCACGCGAAGCAGGCGUCUAUCUCAAAACCAACUACAUCAGCGCUCAGCGGUGGUAGCUUCUUCGACACCAAACCCGCCGUGCCUCCUAAAUCGACUUCAACAGCGUUCGCACAAGAUAGCGGCUUUGAUUCCGAUUUUGGCGCCUUCUCCUCCGCGACAUCCCCUGCUCCUGUAUCUUCUGUCAACAAGUCCUCAGGCCUGAGCAGCAACGCCAUGGGCGAUCUGUUCAGCCUUGCUCCUGCCUCUGCCCCGACGCCGCCCCCCAAGACUUCUCAAGCCCCACCGCCGCCCACAGCCACCGCAGCACCAAGCUACAGCGCCUUCAAUCUCUCCCAACCGACCCCCGCUCCACCCAAGCCCGCAGCUCCCGCCACAUCGAGCAUAGGUGGCUUCAACAACAUGGACGCCUGGGGCAGUAGCGACGCCUGGGCAACCCCUGACCCUCCCGCCGCCGCCAAACCCGCAGCUCCUGCAGCGCCCAAAUCGUCCACGACCGCGCUCCCAUCGUCUUCAGCCGCAAUGUUCGAAACUGGCUGGGGUAACGAAUCUUCUUCUAUCCCGCAAGCCACACACACUUCUGCCUCAACGACUACAUCCAACACGAAACCUUCCGCGGGAGGGUUCUCCGUGCAACAGGAUGAGGAAUUUGGCGGCUGGAGCCAUGCGAGUCCUGUGGCGACGCCCAGUGCAGGUGCUGGUACCGGCGGUGGCAAUGCGAACGGCUCGAAGGGCUUCGGAGCGAGCGGUGGUGGGUCAGAUGAUCUUUUUGGGAAUGUGUGGGGAUGAAUGCAGGAGAGGCUUUUUGGUGAAACAUUGAAAGCGGGUGAGGCGUAGUAUGAGUAUGAGUUGAUUUCACAUUAGGGGGGUGACGUGUGGUACGUCUGUAUAGCGUUUUGGGAUUUAGUCCCUUUGGGAAAGGAGAGUCGAAUAGAUAUUCAAGAAAUCGAAGAAAUAACUGUGGAAACAGAUAUCAACGUGGGAGAGUCGGUCUUAUGACGGUGUGAAUAUGAUGAUGUUAACUCUAUAGAAGUCUCUCCCGCUGUGACGGAAGUGCUGUACGACGGAUGGACGUGUAUGUACAG